AUGACUGAUACCAGUCCUCCUCCUCCCCCUCCUGAUAAUCAACGGUUUCAAUCUCUCCCUAAUAUAGCCAACUUUGUUAGUGUCAAACUAACCUAUGAAAAUUAUCUUACAUGGAAACACCAACUUGUUACCAUUCUCAAAACAAUGGGACUACUUGAACAUAUCAGUUCGACCCCACCCCCUUCCAUCAGUGAUACCGAUAAAUGGGACCACGAUGAUGGGUACGUCUCUGCUUGCAUCAAUGCAACGCUAGAUGCUUCAAUUGCUCAUCUUUCCAUCGGUACCGAAACCGCUGCGGACCUAUGGAAAAUCAUUGAAGACACCUUUUUUGACCAAGUUUUUGCCAAACGCUCACAUCUAAGAAGCCAAUUUCAGUUAUUAAAACAAUCAAACCAAUCUGUUACCGCUUAUUGUGAUCGAGCCAAACAACUUUCCGAUCAGUUGAACUCAAUCGAUGACCCGGUUACUGAUGAAAGUCUUGUGCUCCAAGUUUUGAAUGGCCUUGACCAUCCAACAUUCGACAACUUUGUGUUAAAUGUUGAACAUUCUGAUAAACAACCAACUUUUGCCCAACUACGAUCUAAACUUCUAAACUAUGAAGAACGCCUCAACCAACAAAAGCAAUUUUCCACUCCUCCAGUAGCUAUGGCUGCUGUCGAUAACUUCGGGCAGUCGCCCGUUGCCGACAAUUUCCGCUCCUCACCAUCCAACCCUCAACUUCGUUUCAUGUGUCAGAUUUGCAAGAAAAAUGGUCAUGAAGCCCCGUAUUGUCGUUACCGUUACACUCCGAGCAAUCAAUCCCCUGGUCCUCGUAAUAACAACUUCACAAAUCGUUACACCGGAGGUCGUCGCGGCGCUUUCAAUGGCUACCGUGGUCGUGGCCGUGCUUCUGGUUUUUAG